CUGUCCUAGCACACACACACACACACACACACACACACACACACACUCUUCUUCACUGUCUGAACCUGGUGCCUACAUUACCCACAGUGCAACUGGACCAUCUUGAGUUACUCAGAUUCCUGCCUUUAACAGCCAGAGUUCAAAUUCCAAUCCUCCCUCCUCCUCCUCCUCAGUGUGUGGGGCAACAGAGCUGCAGGGCUCCCAGCUACUGACAGAUUGGCUCUUCCUCCUCCUCCUCCUCCUCCUGCUCAGUGUGGGGCAGCAGAGAGGACUGUCAGCUACUGACGGAGCUUUGCUGAAACACUGCGAGGGAAAUCAGAGGAACUGACACGAGCUGCUGCUUUCACAGUUUAGUUUUCCUCUUCUGUCUCUGAAAACUGAAAUCAUGGGCGCCAACGACCUCAACAUGAACUCUGACCCCGUGAGGUCAUCACCUCCUGCCCGAUCCCGGAGUCCCUUCAACAGCAUCAAGUUCUUUGUGUUCUGCCACAGCCUGCUGCAGCUGGCGCAGCUGUUGGUGUCGGGCUACAUGAAGAGCUCCAUCUCCACCAUCGAGAGACGCUACGGCCUCUCCAGCCAGAAGUCAGGGCUCCUGGCUGCUUUCAACGAGGUGGGGAACACGGUCCUCAUCGUGUUUGUGAGUUUCUUUGGAAGUCGAGUCCAUCGGCCUCGGUACAUUGGAGGCGGAGCUCUGCUGGCCUGCCUGGCCUCGUUGCUGAUGGCACUGCCACACUUCCUAGGAGGACUGUAUGAGUACACAGACCGCAUCAGCUCCUCCAGUCUUAACUCCAGCCUCUGCCAAUCAGAGAGCACCCUCGCCACCUCAUCAUCCAAUCAGAGCUGCAGCCAGCAUGAGAGCCGCGUCCAGGAUAGGAUGUACCCUCUGCUGCUGCUGGGUCAGCUGCUGCUGGGUAUCGGAGCCGUCCCCAUCCAGCCCUUCGGCAUCUCCUACAUCGAUGACUACGCCAGCAGGAAGAACUCCCCGCUCUACCUCGGGAUCCUCCUCGCCGUGACCUCCAUCGGCCCGGCCGUCGGCUUCAUCACCGGCUCCCUCAUGCUGCGCUUUUAUGUUGACUUUGACAAGUUAUCUAAAGAUCAGAUCCAGUUGAACCAUAAGGACCUGCGCUGGGUGGGAGCCUGGUGGCUCGGCUUCCUGUUGGCGUCCUGCCUCCUCUUCCUCACUGCGCUGCCUUACCUCUUCUUCCCCAGAAACAUGCCCAAAGAGGACAGUGCAGACGAUGUGGAGUCCACCCCGGACUGCAAACAGCCGCAGAGACACCAGGAAACAUCCCUCCUGCAGUUCCUCAAAAGUUUCCCUCGCAUCGCUCUGCGGACGCUGCGGAGCCCCAUCUACCUGCUGGUGGUUCUGGCGCAGGUCAACCUGGCGGCGCUGCUGGCAGGUCUCGCCACCUUCAUGGCCAAGUUCAUAGAGAGACAGUUCACCCAGUCCGUCCCAUUUUCCACCAUGAUGAUCGGAGGAGUUUGUAUCCCACUGGCAGUGCUGGGCACCGUCCUAGGUGGAGUUCUGAUGCGGCGGUUGAAUCUCUCAGUCAGCGGUGCCAGCAAGUUGUGCACUGCCGCCAUCCUGCUGGGCAUGUUCUCCUCCACGCCACUGCUGCUCAUUGGCUGCCCCACGCAGAAUGUCUCUGGGGUCUUUCCUGAACGCAGUGACAUGUUGUCGUGCAGCGCUGACUGUCGGUGUCCUCAGGAGGCCUUUAACCCCGUCUGCGGUUCAGAUGGUGUUGAGUUCAGGUCCCCCUGCCACGCCGGCUGUAACAACAUAGAAAAAUUUUUCGGUGACAAGCCAAACAUGACCUACACUGACUGUCGGUGUGUUGGCGGUCUGGGCGUGGCUUAUUCUGGGACCUGCGGCAGCAGAUGCUCCCACCUCCUGUUCCCAUUCGUGGCUCUGCUCGGCCUCACCGCCUUCAUCGCCUCCUUCUCACAGACGCCAUCCUACAUGAUGAUACUCAGGACGGUGCCCACAGAGGACAAGUCUUUUGCAGUUGGAGUUCAGUACAUGUUGUUCAGAGUGCUCGCGUUCAUGCCCGGCCCGGUGUUGUACGGCAGUGUCAUCGACACCACCUGCAUCCUGUGGGGCAAAAAGUGCGGCAAGCAGACUUCCUGUCAGUACUACGACCUGGACCGCUUCAGACAGAGGUUUCUGGGCCUGCAGGUGGUCUUUGUGUGCGGGGCGCUGCUCUGCUUCCUGCUGACCGUCGUGGUCCUGCGUAGGAGGGCCGGACGCCAGGAGCCUCAGCAGGAAAGUAAACGAGGCUACAAGUUGGUGAACGACCAGAAAACACCUGAGAACACUUCAUGUAAAGAAAAAGAAAUGAUGAGCAUCAAGACCUGAUGAAACACAAGGAGAGGACGCAGGGAGAGAGAGACGCAGAGACGCUGGACGAGGACAAAGUUUUCUAAAGUGGUUGUAAAGGAACAGGAAGCUGCUGCGCUGACAAAGCUGCGACCAGUCUGCAUAACGAGGCUGAGGCACUUUCUCAAAUUGGAUUUUUUUAGCCCAGUCACCAGAAGAAAAUGUUGGUAUUGUAUGUUUCUGCAAACCACAGAUAUAUUAUAUUGGUACGUUUCAUAUGUAUCAUAUAAGCAUUUCUAAAGUGAGCUAGUGUAUGAGCUGACUUCAUCAGGGGGUGGUGGAUGGCUUAACACUUAGGAGAAGUGGCUGCUAAGCUGCAGACCACGGUGACAGACGACAACAUCCCAAACAGUGUUUUCAGUGAUCCUUUGCUGUUUUCCCACCUCGAAAGUGCCACGAAAAGUGGUUGUUUUUUACCAAGACGUCACUGUGUUUCCAACGGGGAUAGUGCCAUGAAAAGUAGUUGUGUUUUUACCAAGAUAUUGCUGCAUUCCAGCCAGGAUAGUGCCAAAGAAAGCAUUUCUUCUACCGUGACAUCACUGCCUUUCCAGCAAAAUGGAGGCACAAAAAUUAGUUAUGUUUUCCUGAGACAUCGCUGUAUUUCCAGCAGCAAUUGAAAACUGUAUUUUAAGCCAAAACAUAAUCUUUUUUCGAACCAUAACUAAGCUGUUUUAGUGCCUAAACCUAACCACACAGUGUUGGUUAAGUUUCAGUGUUUCCACUACAUAAUAAAAAGUAACGUAUCCAUGGUUUGCAGAAACAAACAAUGGUAACAUUUCCUCUGGUGACUGGUUUGUCUUUACGCUUGGCUCACACUCCAGUUGGACCACUGGUGUGUUUGUACAUAAGCUGAUUCAUAUAUUGUGACAUAUGAUCUAUACACUGUUUUUUAUACGACACUCAAACAAUCACCUCAACAUAUAAAAUGGGGCUAGUGUUUAAUAAGCUGCAGUUCCUCUAAUGGCCUCUAGGUGCUGCUCAAAGCAAACUGUGACUGUGUUGAAGUGAAUGGGAAAACUCAAGAGACAGCGAUGAAAUAUCUCAGCAACUGUUGGAUGGAUUGUGGUGAAAGUUUUUUCAGACUUUCAUGUUUCCAAGCGGAUGAAUCCUACUGACUCUGGUGACUCUUUGACUCUUUCUUUAGCGCCAUCAUCUGGCCAAAACUUAAAAUUGUCCAGUACUACCAGUACAUACUAUCCAGUAAAAUAUCUCAGCAUCUGCUCGGUGGAUUGGAGCAAUAUUUGGUAAAAACAGAAGGAUGACUCCCACUGACUUUGGUGAUCCCUUGACUUUUUCCUAGCGCCACCUGCAGGUAGAGUUUUCUGGACAGGAUGAAUUGUAAUAACUUAACUGAUCCCAACGAUGCCAGGCACGUCCAAGUGCAGCACUGUGGUUUAUGACCAUAAUACUACAGAAUUAAUUACAUUCACUUCAGCCUCAUUCUGUAUUUACUGCUAAUUAGCUAAUAUUAGUACUCUAACACAGUGAUGGUGAACAUGGUAGUAAACACCCAAAUAUUAACCUUGACAUUGCCAGGUUAGCAUUUAGCUCAAAGCUAACGUGGCAACCUGGCCUCACUCUGAAAAACCGCCACUUGGUCAGUGACUUCUGGCAUCAGACAGGAAACACGGCUGGACAACAACGAAAAUUAAGGUGGCGGAAGUCUGAGUAGGGCGGGUGUGAGGGGUCCAGCAAUCACCAACUUUCACCCAGGAGGCCGGGGUUCACUUCCCGUAAGACUGUAAAGCCAAACUCUGUUCUUUUGUCCUAAACCCAACCACGUGUGUGUUGUUGAAGGAAAAAACACAUCAGUUGGUGGUGUUGUACCAACGUAGUGCUUUUAUUUUGAAAGAGACUGUAUCAAACUGUACAUUUCCUGUGAAAACAGAAGUGUAUUUUGAAAACAGACAAUGCAUGUAACAGGCUGAAGUUGACACGGCGUCCCAGAACGUCAACAACCAACACACCCAGGGUACCUUGGACGUCGUAUGUGGACAUGGAAAGUCCAUGACCAAACGUGGACAUGUGACGAGGUCACAGUGAGGAUGAGUUGAAUGUGGAUGAAAGCUAAAAAUAGAACGAUUCCCACGUCAAUGACUUGCAGGUGUCACACCAUGAUGAUGGUUGUUUGAUUGGAGUCGUGCACUGACAAGGUGACACAGCACCCAUUAUAUCUAGGUUAAAUCACACUGAGCCACAGACAGUGUCGUCAGGUAUUCUGUAGAGCCACGUCGGACAUAUUUUACAAAAAAAUACUUCAAUACAGUCGUGUUUUCGUCUAAUUUUUGUCAUUUUGUAUUAAAACAGGACUUUUACUAUGAAAAUCAAAACCAUAUAUAUAUUUUUAUAACCAAAGAAAAUUCAUAACAAGAUAUAUUGUAAUAGUUUUCUUUUUUUUUAUCAAAUGUUAUUUGAUGUGUCUUUUUAUAUUUUUUUCUGAUGGAGUUUUUAACAAAAAUUACAGAAAUCCAUCUUCAGACAAAAUGAGUUUCACCUUCGUUGAACUUCAUCUCUAACGCUCACAUCAACCACGACAGUCUGAACCUCUUCAAUCAUAUCGUUGUGUUUUUACUUCAAUUAAAGGACAUUUACUUAGAAUUAAUUUCUUUAAAUGAUUUUGUGCCUUGUUUUGUAAAUGUUUAUAAUAUACAUUAUAAAAUGUGAUGAUGUUAUUUUUGUAAAGAGCCACUGAAGAGGAACGACUCAACUAUGAGGAUCUGAAAAACUUCUGUUGUUUCCAAAAAA